UAAGGUUGUCGUAAACGGAGGUUUCCUUGACGGCUGAGAUAAGGCUCAACGAGGGGCUUCUCUCCAUUAGGACGGUAGUGCUACUCAUACAGCAAGUUUUAAUAAUAAGACCAAUAAGAGGAUGGCUGAUCAAGAUGUAGAGGAGACUCUGCUGAGUCCUGCAGGUGAAGAUGUGAUAAAGGAUAGUGAUGAGGAGAGAGAAGUGCCUGUGACAGAGAACAAGGAAGGAGAUGAUGAUCCCUGGGAUCAAGAUGGCACCCCAAAUGUUGCCUUUCAGGACAAGAAAGGAGAAAGCAAUGCUCAAAUGGCUCUCCCUAAUGAAGCUGACACCAAAAAAGUUGUGCCUGGGAUCAUUUACCUUGGUCAUAUCCCUCCCCGCUUCCGGCCCCGGCAUGUCCGGAACCUGUUGAGUGUUCAUGGUGAAGUGGGGCGCAUUUUCCUACAACCUGAAGAACGAUUUAUACGAAAGAAGAAGAAGAAAGCUGGGAGCAAUGCCAAGAAUUUCACCGAAGGCUGGGUUGAAUUCCGGGAUAAACGUGUAGCCAAAUUGGUUGCUGCCAGUUUGCACAAUACACCUAUGGGCACCCGCAGGAGGAGUAAAUUCCAUUAUGAUCUCUGGAAUAUGAAGUACUUGCACCGCUUCAAAUGGACUCACCUAAGUGAACGGCUCGCAUAUGAACGGCAAGUGCGGCAACAGCGGAUGCGUGCUGAGGUUUCACAAGCCAAGCGUGAGACCAAUUUCUACCUCCAGAAUGUAGAGAAGAGCAAGCACUUUGCCGCAAAGGGCAGCCAGAGAGCGCAAGAGGAAAAGAGCUGGGGCUUUGUCCAGCGGCGUACUGAGGAAGAAAUCCAGACCAGCAAAGGGAAGAAGCGUCUGAAACAGCAACUGGCCCGUGCUGCUGAGAUACAGCAAAAAUCCCAGUCGAACAGUUCCCUGUUAACCAAAAUCUUCAAUGUCCAGCAGUAGCAAUGGUUUGCUCCCAAUCUUGAUCUACCUUUGAUGAGUAGAGAAGACUUAAAACUUCCAUAGAUCCCAUAAGAAGUAAAAAUGGUCAUGUUUUGUUUGGCCCAUUUUAUGAAUAUAUUGUGAUCUACAUUUACUGAUCUUUCUGCUGUGCAGAACCUCUCUUGCCAGGCAAGGACCAGAAUUAAAGGUUUCUCUUUUUGGGA